AGAUCUCCCCCUCUCUCCAGAAAAGGAAGAAAAAAAAAGAUCGCGAAAGGGGAAAGGGGAAAGAAACGCACCGUAAGCAUUAGAAUCCCUGGUUACUCCGAUCAUAGCCAUUCUCUUCCAAUCCGAUGUUUCAGUUCGCUGUCGAAUCCUAUCGCUCAUGUUCUCCAGCCGCGUCGUGUUUUUCAGAAAUGGCCGAAUCAAAGCCCGGAUUGAGAAAACCUGUGUUUAUCAAGGUUGAUCAGCUUCGACCUGGCACCAGUGGGCAUACCCUGACAGUGAAGGUGGUGGACUCAAAGAUGGUCUUGCAGAAAGGGCGCCCUGAUGGGCCUCAAGUUCGACAGAUGCGUAUUGCUGAAUGUUUGGUUGGGGAUGAAACUGGAAUGAUAGUUUUUACAGCCAGGAAUGAGCAAGUGGACUUGAUGAAGCCAGGGAUAACUGUCAUACUUCGAAAUGCAAGGAUCGACAUGUUUAAGGGAUCCAUGAGGCUUGCCGUGGACAAAUGGGGCCGUGUGGAAGUCACUGAUCCAGCUGAUUUCACUGUUAAAGAGGAUAACAACCUGUCUUUGGUGGAAUAUGAGCUGGUGAACGUCGUUGAAGAGUGACCAGUUGCUACAGGGCCAAUAUGAUACCCAAGCAACGAACAAAUCAGGCUUGAUGUGGUAUUGUUUGUUUUCGGAGAUUGGCAAAUGGUAUUUCCGUUCCCCCAAGCAGCUUCAACUCAUGGAGCUGCCCAGAAAUGUGGUUACGAUUGCAAAGAAUCUACAAGCAGGAAUCUAGUUGAACCUUGCUACACUGCAGCUUGUUGAAGCCUCCAGCCAGCAAGAUGAUGGUGAUUGCACCUCAUAGGUUCAUUAUGUAGACUUUGUUUGGGUUUUUAAGAGUUUCUCGUAGUGUUUUUUAAUGUUUAAUUAAGUAUCGAGAAUGUUUAUCUGGUCUUUGCUCCUGGGCUAUAAAACAUUAAAAUAUGUCAAUAAGUUUCUCUAUUUUUAUACUGCAAGAUUUUAAUCUGCAACCUUUUAAAGUCCUGUACAUAAUGCUAGUUUUAACAUUUUUCUGCUUCGAGAAGUCCUAAA